AUGCGGUUCAGAAUCAGAGACCGGCUAGUACCGGUCAUUACAGUACUUCUAGUAAUCAACAAGGUCCAGUCCCAUGUUAUAAACCCAGCUUUCAAAACCAGUGCACACGUGAAUCUAGAAGCACGCCAGAGCGGCUUCUACGAAGAAUUCGAAAGAGAGGGUGCACAAAGUGAAGAGUCAUGGCCAUAUUCAUGGUCUGGGAUGCUUGAACUCGGUGUUUCGACUUACAGCGCUUGUCUCUCGGAUGAUGCUGAGAAAGGCGGAAUUACUCUUCAAGACUGCCAGUGUACUACCGGCGACUGUCGUAAGCACGAGGGAAUCAAUCAUCCUACCCUUCCGUUCCGGUGGAACUUUCGUGGGUCUGUCAACCUCAACAGGGUGGCUCUGCUGAGGCCUUCCUACUUUCAGGGAUAUAUACAGAAUGCACAUUCUAAAUUAUGUAUGACCUAUUUGGUUCCGGCCGAGAGGCCAGUUCCAUACAAUGAGGAUCAUAAGCUUGGAGAUAUCGUGAUGAGACCGUGUGAAACAAAUAGCAGUACUACGAUACAGACAUUUUCGACUUGGCUCUUUGAUGGGAAGCCGACUUCACAAAUCAUGCCAGCUUUCCAAACCCACUUCAUCCCUUCUUGUAACAACAACAAAGGUAAGAAGAAGUUUUACUGGCGAGGUCUCGUCGGCAUCAAGGGUAAGCCGAUCUACUACGGCUGCUCGGACUGGGGCAAGACGCAAUGGAAUUUCCAUCCAUGGUUUUACCGGUUACCGUCUGAAUUCUCCUUUUGGCCGGAUAGCCGGUGGCUUGAUGAUUUAUCUGAUCGGCUCCCCGAUUUUGAUUUUGACAAAACUGCUCCUCCUCCGCCGCCACCUGUCGAGACGCCUCCACCGGUACCACCGCCCGUCGAAACACCACCUAUGGAGAUACCUCCACCACCACCAACUGAAGAGACACCUCCGCCACCACCAGAUAUUGAGACUCCGCCGCCGCCGCCUGAAGAUGACGAGAAGGAUGACGAGAAGGAUGGCGAGAAGGAUGACAAGAAGGAUUACAAGGAAGGUGAAGGUGGAGACGAUGAGGAGGGAUUAAAGAAAAGGGGGAUGACAUCUACAUAA